AUGGACAAUGUGUUACAGCCUCACAAGGGGGCGAAUUCCGGCAUCCCCCGGUUUGUGGCCAAGUCGGCAAAGGUCAGCGAACACAAACCCCGCAGCGUCGCCAACAAUGAGAACGUGCCUAUAGGCUCCAAGCGACCUGCUCCUGGAGCUCUGCCGGUGCCCGUUUCCAGGUUACACAAAGACGACACUCUGUACGGACGCCGAACUGGCAUUGGGGCUCCUUCGAUGAACCCGUCUGUGCCGCCUACGCCUAGCCACACGGCUCCGGUUCAGAUUCGCAACAAGAUGGGAGGGGGUUCCAAGGGCAGUGGAGAGGACGACUCUUAUGCCUCCACCAUGGUCAAGGAGAUGUGGGUUCGGCUAGGUGAAAAGGACAAGGAGCUGGAGCAGAAGCGACAAGAGUUUCAGGACAAUGCCAACAAGCACAUGCAGGUGUUGAACGAUUUGAACCGAAUGUGUUUUGAGAAGCAAAAGCUGGAGGACGAAAACGAGGCCCUGAGGAGGAAAGUGGACAGCUUGAGGCGUGAGAAUGAGCACCAGCAACACGAGAUCAACGAGGGCUCGGCGCGUAUCAAGGAGCUGAGUGAAAACGCAGACAAUCUCAUGUCCUUGUGGGAGUCGUCAGUCAAGGAUAUGGAUCGAGAGAAGGAGGACAAGGAGAGCCACGUCAAGGAGCUUGUGGACAAGCUGGAGGAGAAGGAGCGACGCGUUGAGGAACUGGAACGCCUGCUAGAGCAGAUCCGUGUACAGAUGGAUGAAAAAACUGAGCUGUUGUCGACACUCCAGGCACAGUCUCAACAGAAAGUAGACGAGUUGAAACGCGAGAUGGACACUCAGAUCCAAAACAUUCGCCGCGACGAAACGCAACUACGUGGCAAGUUUGAGGAGCAGCAUAAACGGGCCAUUGAAGAGCUCAAUCGCCGCCAUGACGAGUCCCGAAGCCACAUGGAGGAGCGGUACGAGUCGUUUGAGCGCGAGUUGGAGGGCGUGUCCGAACAGCUAAAGAGCAAGGCGCAAAAGUGUGCUGUAUACGAGCAAGAAAACGCGACGCUCAAGGGCCAAAUUCACGAGUUGUCGAUCUCGUCCAACCAAGCCUCUUCUCUCACAUCCGUGUUGCAGUCUCAAAUCGACAAGCUCCAGCAUCAGAAUGAGAGUCAGUACGGAACCAUGGAGCAGAUGAAGGCUGCCGUUGUCCAGGCCAACCAAGAACGAGACGAGGCAUGUAAGAAGCUGCUCGUGGAGGAAACCAAAAGACGGAAAUUGCAUAACGAGAUCCAAGAGUUGCGGGGCAACAUUCGGGUCUUUUCGCGGGUACGGCCCAUGCUUGAAUCAGAGUCUAGAGGUGACAAAUCCGCUGCUGUGCAGAUGGAGUUCUUGGACGACGAAAACAUGACUAUCUCGACGCCUCAGGUUGACUCGAUCACGGGCCAGAUAGGCUCCAAGACACAGUCGUUCAAGUUUGACCGUGUGUUCAAGCCAACGGCUUCCAACUCGGACGUUUUUGUCGAAGUUUCGCAGCUUGUCCAGUCUGCUCUUGAUGGCUUCAACGUGUGCAUCUUUGCAUACGGCCAGACGGGCUCUGGAAAGACACACACAAUGUCUGGAGAAGGAGGAGUGAUUCCGGAGACGCUACAACUAAUUUUCCAGCAGACGCAGCAGCUGCGAGACAAGGGAUGGGACUAUGUGAUCUCCGGCCAGUUCAUUGAGAUCUACAACGAGAACCUCAACGACCUGCUUGGCUCGGCGUCUGAUAUGGACUCGAAGAAGCUGGAGAUCCGGCACGACAUGAAGAGUGAAACCACCUCCAUUCUGGGUAUAGAGCCUGUCUUGCUGUCAGAUAUCGAGUUUGUGAACCGACUGUUGCGAAAGUCAGAUAAGAACCGAAUGGUGGCUGCGACCAAGGCUAACGAGCGGUCCUCGCGAUCGCAUUCCGUCUUUAUCGUGAGUCUCAAGGGCCAGAACCACGUGACUGGGGAGUCCUGCGACGGACGUCUCAAUCUCAUCGACCUGGCAGGCAGUGAGCGUCUCAACCACAGUGGCGCUACUGGGGACCGACUACGAGAAACACAGAACAUCAACAAGUCUCUGGCGUGUCUCGGUGACGUGAUACAUGCUCUAGGAACUGCCAAGGAGGGCUCUCAUAUCCCCUACAGAAACUCCAAGCUCACGUAUCUCUUGCAGUACUCGCUUGGCGGCAACUCCAAAACCCUCAUGUUGGUCAACGUUUCUCCCAUGCAGGCUCAUGCUUCCGAGACCAUCAAUUCUCUGCGCUUCGCCACCAAGGUCAACAACACCCAUAUUGGCCGAGCCAAGCGAAACUAA